CAAAGACCAAUGGCUAGUCUUCGUGUGUGCCAUGUGGAUCCAAUCUGUCGCCGGCGUCAGUUACCUAUUCGGCGGCUCUAUGUCGCCGGCGAUUAAGACUGCCCUAGGUUACAACCAGAAACAGAUUGCUCUUCUUGGCGUUGCUAAGAACCUCGGCGACGCCAUCGGGUUCGUCUCCGGUGCCUUAUCGGAGGUCUCACUGCCAUGGGUGGUUUUGCUCGUCGGUGCGACUCAGAACCUUGUCGGCUACGGUGUUCUCUGGUUCGUCGUCACUGGACAAUUGCCUAAUUUGCCCCUCUGGAUGGUUACAUAAUUUGAUAGACUGAAGCCCGUAUGCAGAUCACUUUGAGAAGUACAAGAUGGCCUACAUAUGUUAACAACUUGAGUUCUUACGGAUGCUUAGAACAUUUCCUGGA